UAUAAAAAUUGACAUAGAUAAUGACUAAUCACGAUGCGGAAAUAACGAUGGAUGCCCUUUCAACUAUACCCAUUUACAAAGGGUGUAUGGUGAAGAUGGUUUCGAUUUUGUUGUCGCAUCCCAUAGAUCUAAUCCGUGUAAAUAUUGAGGCGAACGCACAUAGACAUAGUCGGCUGACGAUAGGACAUAUGCUUCAAAGAAUGGCUCGACACGGCCUGCCAGGCUUCUAUUAUGGAGUCGCCACAUCUGUAACUCGGUGCAAUGUCCAAUCCCUCUGUACAUAUCAUUUAUUUUACAAUCUGCACGAUUUUGUGUGCAAGCAUCCGGUUUAUCAAAUGCUGCGACCGUACGACACAGAAUUCCUUAAGGCAAUGUGCAGCUUAGUAGGCGGCAUUGUGUCCACACCUUUUGCCAAGCUAUCGGUCAUGCGGCAGGCGGACCUCACGCGCGGGGGAUUCCUUAGGCGCAACUACGGACCCUUUACUUCCGGCUUAAAGUGCAUGUCGCAGGGGGGUGUAAACUACCUAUUCGUUGGAUGGGAGAUGAAUGCCGUUACUAACGCCGUUAUGACUGGGCUGUAUAGUCCGGUGAGCAAUUAUGUGGAAGGUCUUGUGCCGCACAUUUACAAAGAAGAGAACUGGGUCCCAAAACUCGUCCGAAUGGCGUUGACAGGCAGCAUCAUUAAUGUCAUGAUGACUCCGAUAGACACAUUGUCCGUUAUGGCCUUGAAUCACUGUCGAUACAGUGAUUUCACCUACAGAUACUUGUGCCGACUUGUCAUUAAGAAACAUGGGUACAAAGGCUUUUUUUUUGGCCUGAAACCCGGCCUUAUCAGUCUAAUUCCGAACACCAUACUGGUCACCAUAGCGAUUCGUCUGCUGCCUAAUGAAUAACCUCCGGAAACUCUGCCAGGUGAGACGGUAACUUCUUCUCAGCCAACUGGAAGCUGAAU